GUCUACCGACGUGAAGAACUGAAGAUAUAGUAUUAGAGAUGCAGGACAAGUCGUAUGCGGUGGUUGCCUUUCUGGAUGAAGAGGACAGCUACUCGGAAAUCCCGUCAUUUUGGCUGUCCCACAAUAACACUAAGUGUUGGUGGCCAAAGAGUAAAACACCUUCAAAUUUUAUAAAACGUGGAGCAAAACCCGACCCCGCAAAAUGGAGUUUAUGCAGUGUAAGAGUUGAAGGAACUUUUUCGACUUUAGAAGAAGCCAGAAAAAGGGCUGAAAAUGAAGAUUAUACCUCUUCGGAGGAAGUCCAACGCAACAGGAAGAAAAAUCCAAAAUAUGUGGAUUCCCAACUAGCUAUUACAAGUGAUGAAGAAUAUUCAACAAGUCGAAGUGGAACACCGCCACCACAAAUGUGUGAAGAAGUUUUAGUCUAUGCUUCACCUUCAACAUCACCCAUUAAUCUAGAACAAAUGCCAGUUAUAAUUGCAGAUAACAUCGUCGAGUCUGGUACCGUACAAGCUGCCACUAAUUCGUACGGUUAUACGUUAGAUAAAAUAUAUGAACUACUUGUAAGUACGAACUUAUAUGUAAAAGGUAUAUCAGCACGACUAGAGAAAAUGGAAAAUUCAAGAAAAAUUGAGAGUGUCAAUAAUCAUGAUGCACUGAAAGAUUUAAGAAAAAUGUUGCCCUUAAGCAGCACAGAUGAUAUAAAUCAAUUUGAAAUAUUUCUUGGGGAUGAUGAACAAAAGAAAAUUUUUACAAAUUUUAUAUCCUCUAUAGGAGGUAGGAAUGUGAAAGAUAAUAUUCACAGAUGUUUGAAAUCAAUAUUCUCUAAUGAAGCUGCUACCAAAUGUUCGUGGCUAGGCCAACGAGGCAAUUUUCGCGUUUGUGAUCUAUCUUCAAUAACUGUCCUAAAAGAUCAGAUCCAAGUCAACUAUAAUAUAACAUUAAAAGAGUUUGAAGUCAUUGGUAGCGAAUGGUUCCGUUUGUCAAAAUUAAGGUUAAAACCAGAUAAACGCAACCCUGAUUCUUCUAAUGUCGUCAACUAGUAUUGUAAUCUAUUAUAUAAUAUAAAAUAUACAUUUUGUUCAAUAUAUUGUAUUUAAGUAAAAAUGAAUAUAUCGUAUUUACAUAAA